CUUUAAUAAACCCCUCACACACAAUCACCAUGCCGGAGAGGGUCCGUACCGUUUUCAACGACGAGGGCGACGCCGUCCCCGCCCCCGCCCCUAGCAAACCGUCGUCGCAAAAAGCCGAACAAGACAACUCCGCACCCGUCACGAAGCGCAAAACCCACAGCAAGGAAGUCGACCACAAGCGGAAGAACAAGAAGCGGAAGCAUGAAAAUGGCUUUAUUGUGAAGGGGGGUAAGACAGAGAAUAUCAACAUGGAAGUACCCCCUCAGCCUGAGCAGAAUGGAACCGGCCCCGUCUCGGACGACACGCCAGCGAUCAAGCAGCAGAAGCAAGAACAAUCGCAACCACAAAACUCAGUGAAGGAUGGAAAACGGAAAGACAAGCAACAAACGUUCAAGAACACCAAUUUUACUCCGCUACGAGAAAAGGCGCAAGCGUUAUACCAACAGCGCAAGAACCUUCCCAUCUUCCCUCACGGCGACGAAAUCCGCGGCUACUUGCGCAAGAACGAUGUGAUGCUUCUGGUUGGUGAAACAGGUAGCGGAAAGAGUACACAGAUUCCUCAGUUUCUGGUCAAUGAGAAGUGGUGUCGGUCGGCUAAGACGGUUGUGCGGGACAGUGAUGGUGCGGAGAAGGAGAUUCCGGUUGGAGGAUGCAUUGCUAUCACGCAGCCGAGACGAGUGGCGGCGAUUUCGCUGGCAAGACGUGUGGCGGAGGAAAUGGGGACUCCUUUGGGAAAUUCGUCGCCUGCGAGUAAGGUUGGAUAUUCGGUUCGGUUUGAUACGUCGACGUCGCCGAGUACGCAGGUCAAGUUUUUGACGGAGGGAAUGUUGUUGCAGGAGAUGUUGCAUGAUCCGUGGUUGACGAAGUAUAGUGCCAUCGUGGUGGAUGAAGUGCACGAGCGUGGUGUCAAUGUUGAUCAGGUGCUGGGAUUCUUGAGGAACUUGGUGUCAGGGAAGAGGGAAGGACGGGGUGGUUUGCCUUUGAAGGUUGUGGUGAUGAGUGCCACGGCGGAUAUGGAGAGUCUGAUGGGCUUCUUCAAGGAAGGAUUCCAGGGAAGUCCGCGUGCGAUUGAGGGAGCUAAGAAGGAAAUGAAUGGGGAUUCUGCAGAUCAGAAGAGUGAAGAUGAUAUUGCCGUGUGCCAUAUCAAGGGACGUCAGUUCCCGGUCAAGACGAUCUACUCUCCCGAACCUGUGCAUGACUUUGUUGAUGCGGCUCUCAAGGUCAUCUUCCAGAUCCAUUACAAGGAGCCGUUGCCCGGAGACAUUCUGGUCUUCCUGACUGGUCAAGAGACGGUGGAGGCGUUGGAGAACCUCGUCAACGAGUACGCAACCGGAAUGGAUCCGGCGCUGCCCAAGAUCCAAGUACUACCACUCUUCGCAGCGCUCCCUCAAGCAGCUCAACAACGAGUGUUUGUUCCUGCUCCUCCACGGACCCGCAAGAUCAUUCUAGCUACGAACAUUGCAGAAACAUCCGUUACAGUCUCCGGUGUACGGUUCGUCGUGGACUGCGGAAAGGCCAAGGUCAAGCAAUUCCGCUCACGUCUCGGAUUGGACUCGCUGCUAGUCAAGCCCAUCUCCAAGUCAGCCGCAAUCCAGCGUAAGGGUCGUGCUGGUCGAGAGGCCCCAGGUCAAUGUUAUCGACUAUACACAGAGAAAGACUACCUGGCUCUGGAUGAGGUCAACACGCCAGAGAUUCUACGCUGCGAUAUCAGUCAGGCCUUGCUCAACAUGAAAGCCCGCGGUGUGGACGACAUCAUGAACUUUCCCUUCCUGACAAGGCCCCCGCGAGAGGCCUUGGAGAAGGCACUGCUCCAGCUCCUGAGCAUUGAAGCCCUCGAGGAAUCCGGAAAGAUCAGUCAAAUCGGGUUGCAGAUCGCCAAGCUACCUCUCACCCCGACACUGGGUCGCGUACUUCUCGCAGCCUCAGAAUAUGGUCCAGAGUGCUUGCUAGACGUGAUUGACAUUAUCUCCUGUCUCAGUGUCGAAAACAUUUUCCUGAACAUCACGUCUGAGGAAAAGAAAGAAGAAGCCGAAGUAGCGCGUCGCGAUCUUUACAGACGAGAGGGUGACCACCUCACCAUGCUCGCUACAGUACAGGCCUACGCUGCGGAGAAUACCGACCGAAAGGCAUGGGCUGAGCGGCAUUUGGUCUCCCACCGGGCCAUGCAAUCAGUAAUGGACGUUCGCAAACAACUCACAACCCAAUGCCGGCAAGCCAAGCUUCUCCCCAACGAUGCCCG